GAAAAAACGCUAAUGAUGGAAAUUAAGCAACGUGCGAAACAGGCGUCGGGCAGCAACGACUCGACCCUGAAAACAUUGGCUAAGCAGCUCGUACAGGUGCGACAACAACGAGUAAAACUGCAUUCCGCGAAGGCUCAACUGGGUGCGAUGGGUAUGCAUGCCACCGUGACGGCCUCGCAAAUUGCCGCCGUUUCCGCAAUUGGAUCCGUUACGGACAGUAUGAAGGUUGCGAAUCAACAAAUGAAUAUCAAGGAGACGACUAAGAUUAUGGCACAAUUUCAGAAAGAAACAGAGUCGCUGAAGGUCAAGGAGGAAAUGAUGGAUGAUGUGUUGAUGGAUGCGUUUGAUUCCGAAGGUAUAGAGGAAGAGGCCGAUCAAGUGACGAAUCAAGUACUGGCAGAGUUGGGCAUAGAGCUGGAUAGUCAAAUG